GAAAAUCCGAAAGAAUUGCCAUAUUGGAUUCCGUGUGGGUCAAACCACACCGAUCAAUGAAUCUUUUGUGUAAACUGACAUUUCAAUCUUCCAGUUCUAGGUGGGCAGUUUUCGAGAUCACGUUUGAGCACAACUGCAAUUUGACUCUAUUUUUAUCUUUACGGAGAACAAGCUGAUUUCUAAAGGACAUGCAUUAAGUUUCUAUAAGGAUGCAAAUGACGUUUUGGAGCGUGGAAGGUGAAACUCUCUGUGUGAUCACUAAAGCGAACGAUAUUCAAGAACUCUACCGAAACAGUUCGACGAUAACAUGGGAUAAUUUGAUCAAAGACAUGUACUCCUUUGUGGGCCUGUCUCCUAGAAGCAUCUCUCAAAUGUGGGGUGAGUCUCAUGAACAGCUAGCUACCAUAAACUCCAAAGAUCCCAUCCGAUCAGCACACGAGAUGACUUCCGAAUAUCAUCGUCAGCAAUUACUCACGGCGGCCAAUGCUGAGAACCUCGUCCAACGAAUAGUUCCUAGCCUUGAGAAAAGCCUUUCCUGGAACAUAUUGAGGCAGCAUCCCGCUUGCGUCCGCACAUCUGGAGAUUCUAUCACGCUUUCUCUGUGGGAGUGGUGCAAUGAGGUUAUCAUCAAGAGCUCAGCCACUGCAUAUUACGGAAACAAACUCUUCGACAUAAAUCCGAAUCUCCUACAAGCAAUGAUGUCAUGGGAAGCCACAAACUGGAAACUUAUGUACAAACUAACUGACUUCAUGGCACGAGAUAUGAUUGAUGCCAGAAGCGAAUUCAUUGACACGCUGUGCAAAUACUUUGAAACACCUAAGAAAGACAGGUCUGAUGCAUUGUAUUUUGUAAAGGCAAUGGAGAAAGAAAUGCGCGCAGCUGGCUUGGGCGAUCGUGAAGCUGCAGGCAUACACAUGUUACAUUUAUGGGCGAUUACCGCUAAUGUGUAUAAGGCUGCAUUCUGGGCAAUAGCCUACAUUGUCCAUAAACCAGAGUUGCUUGAUAAUCUCCGCACAGAAGUUGCUCCAGCUGUAGGAACAGACGGAGAAACAGUGAAUCUCAAGUACCUUACAGAAGACUGUCCACGGCUCGAAGCUUUCUUCAACGAAGUCCUGAGAGUCAACUCGGCAGGAGCACUUGCACGGGAGGUUGUCACACCCACAUUGUUUAGUGGGAAAGUACUUGCGAAAGGCACAAAGCUUAUGAUUCCGUACCGCCAACUUCAUCUGGAUGGACAAGCAUGGGGACGAAACGCUCGUGACUUUGACCCGGAAAGAUUUCUCAAGGAUAAAAGCCUUCUGCGCAGUCAAAAUUUCCGACCCUUUGGAGGCGGCCAUACACUCUGUCCAGGGCGCUUUAUUGCUAAGAAAUCAAUUUAUGCCAUCUUGGCUCUUCUUUUUUCUCGAUACGAUGUUACUUUGGAUACUGACGCUGCCAAUCAAAAGUUCCCACGCAUCGAUGACGCUACGGCAGGAAUUGGAACAUUGGCGCCAAUACCAGGAGAAGAUGUUAAAUUGGUCAUCAAACCGAUCGAAAAUUAAGGAAGAGCUGUUAUAUCAUUGGAACCCAUGUUCUGAUAUUGAGUGAGAAGAUAGUGAUGAGGGUUAAAUGUGUGUGUUUCUGGAGAGGGAAUCACAUGGCAUAGUACA